AACCAGUCAAAGGCACAGUCGAGCACUGCUCCGUAUCAGCGUGAGACGAAGUUAAUUACCUAUCGUCAGACACUGUCGGCCUGACCGGCAAUUCCACGUUUGCAAGUUCUUUUCAGUUUCGUGCAUGACCAUCAAAACACGUUAGCGUGUAAUAGAUCAAAAAGAAUUCGUGAGAGACGUGCAGUACAGCAAAACAAUCCGUCGUGUCGUGUGGGAUAUUGACUUUCGUUCUUUCUUUCUUUCUUUUUUUUUCUUUGCGCCAAGAAGAAAAAAAGAAAAAGAGAGCGGACUUGCAUUGGAAUACAUAUAUUGGUUCCGGAAUUCAUUUUUUUCGUUAUUCCGUGCCUGCGGAUCGUUACACCGAGGGGAAAAAAAAAUAUAUAGGAAAAAAGAAGAAAUAAAAAAAAAAGAUCAACAACAAGAAAAACAGGCCAUUCCUCCACCACAAGGGGAUCACGACAGUGGUGUUGACGAAAGCACCCAAGCCAAGGAACCACGGAGCCUAAACAACACAUUGCAGAAAACCAAUUCAAGAACAUCUGUGACCAGCAGUAAAAUCCCCAUCAAUACUAGAUUGACUGAGUCCCCAACAACUCCAUCAAAGAUGGCACAAAAAGUACCCAUGAACAAAGUGCAGGUCGGUUUCGCUCCUUCUCCCAACUUGAAGACUGUGCAUUCGAAAAUCGGUUCUUUGGCCAAUGCCAACUACAAGCCAGGGGGUGGCAACGUCAAGAUAGAGUCAAAGAAGAUUCAAAUCGAAGCUAAGCCCCGAAUUGGGGCUCGUAACGAAAACUACACCCCAUCAGGUGGUGAUGUCAAGAUCCAAUCUGUAAAAUUGCAAUGGAACGCGAGACCUAAAAUUGGAUCGUUGGAAAAUGCCACGCACAAACCGGGUGGUGGAAAUGUUAAGAUCGAGAGCAAGAAAGUCCAGGUCGAAGCUAAAUCGAGAAUCGGAUCGUUAGAGAAUGCGAACCAUAAGCCAGGGGGUGGUGACAAGAAGAUUGAGUCAAGAAAACUCGAAUACAAUGCCAAAUCCAAAGUGGGAUCCAUCGUAAACAUGAAGCACGUUCCUGGCGGAGGCAACGUCAAGGAGACCGCAACGUCAUUUUUUGUAGCGAACGACGAAACGCCCGACGAUCGCAGCUUGGAGCCGGACGAAGCUGUAAUCAUCGAAGUCACACCGGAAGAGGGCGAUACUGUAGCUGACAAUGGGGAUGAUGACGCUGACCUUAGCGAAAACGAAGAUAUGUCACUAGAACCGGUGGCGGAGGUUAACGAAUCUCAGGAAGAGAUAAGUGCGGAAACGGAAGCUGAAGGGCCUGAACCUGAGCAGGAAUCCGAGCUCGAAGCCGAACAGGAACCGGAACCGGAACCUGAGCCUGAACCUGAACCGACUGUCGAUGGAUUUGACGAAGCGGAAUCGUUGGAAAAUGUGGAUGAAGAAACGGAACAGCAAGAAGAAGAACCCACGGCGGAUGAAGAACUUGCAAACGAGGAUGUUGCGGAAGAAGAAAAUAAGGCAGAGGAAGGAGAACCUGAAGAGACUGCAGAAGAAGAACCAGCUGCCGAAGAUGUUGAAGACGAAGCUACUGCGGUCGAAGAGGAAGCUCCUGCAGUUGAAGAAGAAUCAACUUUGAUCGAAGAAGAAACCUUACAACUAGUGGAAGAGGAAACCCAAGAGUUGGUUGAGGAAGAACCGGCCGCUGGAGAAGAAAGCGCUGCGGUCGAAUUGGAACCCAAAGAAAAUGAAGAACCAGUUGAAGCAGAAGGAGAAGAACUUCCCUGCUGCGGAAGAAGACAACGCCCCGGCAUCGGAGGAGACUCAACAAGAAGAGGCUGCAGUUGAAGAGGAAACCGAUGUAACCGGAGAAGAAGCUGAAGCAUCAGCAGUAGUUGAAGAAACUGAUCCUGAGUCAGCGGAUGCAGCGGAAGAAGCCCCUGCCGAAUAAUGAAUGAAACGUCCCUUUUAAUCAAAGGAAGACGAUAUAAUUUUAUUUUACUUCUAACAUGUGGACGCAAAAAAAAAAAAAGGAAUUUCGAUACCUCAUUUAAAAGGAGCAAUAUUACAGGUUUUUACGCGGUUAACAGAUUUAUUGCAUCUAUAAAUCAGCCGGGAAAUAUAUAAUCACCAACCAAUAUAUAAUAGAUAGGCCAUAUAUACUUAUCGAAUGUGUGCAUUCUUCUGUACUGGGUUUCCUUUUUGAUUUUUUUUUCCCUCCUUCUUCUUCCUGUACCCCUGUCCCCCCCACUGUAUUUUUUGGGGAGCCUUCUUCUUUCGUAUAUAAACGUCUCUCUGUAACCUUCGUCGCAUGUGUCCUCACCCGUUGUAUCCGGACGUCAUUAUAAUUGAAUUGCUUCUCUCUCUUUUCUAGCUGUCGUCUUGACAAAUAAGAUCCUAUCCUCUCCUAUAGAUUCGUUCGACCGGAAACCUUCGUCUAUACUCUCUGCUUUUCGGUUGGCUCUAACUGAACGGGCUUCUCUUAUGGCUGACUGCUAAAUGCGCUCCUCUCUCUCUCUCUCCAUACGCAAUAAUACUUAUUGCUGCGUGCUAAAUGUUCCGCGGCAUUAAUGUAAUAUCUGCGCUGGUGGAUGAGACAGAGGAGAAGACAAUGACUUUGUCGUUCUAUUCUGCUGUAUAGAAGUCGAUCAUUUGAAUACUACAGCGCGCGUAAGACUAUAUAAUAGACAAUAGUCACUCUGUCCCUCUCUCUAUUUAUAUUUGAUAUAUAUAAUAUAAUCAUAGCUUUUGGUCCGUUAUUUUCCCUCCUUCUGUCGCUCGCAAGUUGUCGAUUUGUUUCGACCGUGGCCUCGUAAUAUUGUAUUGCUCCGAUUGACUGAGAAUUCAGAAAUAUACGUUCAGAAAAAUUC